CUGCCUGUCAGAAUUGUCAACUCAUCGAUUUUGGCGUGUCAUUUAGCCCAAUAAACGUUAAAAUGAUGUUAAUCAACGCUAUAUUUGAUACAGACACCGACUGAACCACUCAGAUCCGUGUUAGUUCAGUCUGUGCGUGUCGAGGAAGUUGUUUGUUAGCGACAGAACAGGGAUCUGAAACGGACACCCCAGCCCAUGUCAACAAGAAGGUAGUUAGCGAAAGCUAUAUUUUACUGCAGAUCGUUUAUGAAUACCCCCACCAGUUAAACAACUCAAUAGUAUGAAAGACAGCAUAUUUGGUGACGAUAGACAACAAAGAUGUGUCUUAUUAAGCGGUUCCCCUCCCCCACUCCCCUCCCGCAUCUUGCCCAUGUGUAAGGAACACGGCUUAUGGGUAAUGUAUUUUUUUUUCAAUACCUGCCAGGACACACGACAAAACAGUGAACGUUUUGCACAAAACGGGUUGAAAAGUUGCUUAACUCGGAAGACGUAGUUCCCACACGAAACUAGGUAAACUACAAAGCAUAGCAACGUCCACAGAGUGGGCACUGCCCAUGACAACGUCCACAGAGUGGGCACUGCCCAUUACAACGUCCACAGAGUGGGCACUUCCCAUGACAACGUCCACAGAGUGGGCACUGCCCAUUACAACGUCCACAGAGUGGGCACUGCCCAUAGCAACAUCCACAGAGUAGGCACUGCCCAUGACAACGUCCACAGAGUGGGCACUGCCCAUAGCAACGUCCACAGAGUGGGCACUGCCCAUAGCAACGUCCACAGAGUGGGCACUGCCCAUGACAACGUCCACAGAGUGUGCACUGCCCAUAGCAACGUCCACAGAGUGGGCACUGCCCAUGACAACGUCCACAGAGUGGGCACUGCCCAUAGCAACGUCCACAGAGUGGGCACUGCCCAUAGCAACGUCCACAGAGUGGGCACUGCCCAUGGAACUGGCCAAACAGAACGCUCUCAGAAGUGGCGGUAAAACCGUCGCGAGGCCGGACCAGAGUAGCGGUGCUAGCUGGCUACUGAACCACCUCACACUGCGACUUUAGUCAUUCAACAAUUAACCGAGAUUAUAUACCGGUGUUUAACUGGAAAGGCGAGAGCUACACCAAAGAUACAUCUCACUUAAGGAAAAUGGAAACAGUUGCGGGUCAGAAAGAGAAGGCGAAGUUUGCCCCGCUGGUGCCCCGUGAGAAGAAGCCAGGGCAUGGAGAGAAAGGAGGGGGAAAAAGGAGUGAGAAUAAGUGGAAAGGAGAGGGGGGUGGAAAUAAGGAGAGAAACAUUGAUGUAGGAAAGAAGACAGGAGAAUCAUGUGAAGGAGAGAGAGUAGUAGAGAGCAAGGGUAAGGCCUCUGGGUUAGAGAAGAAAAGAGGAGAACGGAUGAAGAAAGAAGGGAAGAAGAAGACGCCAGAUACAGAAAAAGUGAGGGCUGCAGAUGAAGGGGUUCCCCAGCAACAGGAAGGUAAAGGAGAGAGAGGAGGAGGAGAGGGAGCGAAGGAGAAUAAAAAACAGAAAAAUAAGGACGACCUAUCCAGGAAGGAAACAGAUAAAGGGAAGGAGGGAAUGAAUGUGAAAAAGAAGAAGAAAGAGAAUGAGAAGGUCAGGAAGGAAGGGAAAGAGACGAAAAAGAAGAGACCGAGGGAUGAGACAGAGAGCAAUAAGGUGCUCCCUCUAACAGACAGUCAGUAUGAUGAUAUAUUUGAUAGUGCUACGGCUCUGGAGACACCUGUAGACAACUGUCUGGAGGAUGCCAGAGCUGUGCUGAGUGAGGUGGAGUUACUGCAGGCCACCAUUGACCAGGUCUCUCUCAGGGAGGAGGAACAGCCUCCCAGGAAAGUGUCUGGUGAGAGAAAGACUGCAGCGUCCGGCUCACACACACAGAGGAAGAGGAAGAGAAGAAGGGAGGAAGAGGAAGACAGCGACUCCAGUGCAGAAUUUGAUCAGUGGGUUCAGUGUAGUAGGUCUGUCUGUGGGAAAUGGAGAAGAGUAGAGAGACACGUUGACCUGGCUGCCCUUCCCAGCGACUGGACCUGUAUACACGACACAGGCCCUGGUCUCUGUGAGGCUACGGAGGACAGCUGGUCGGGACAAGAGUGUGAUGUCAUCAACAGCGGUCUGGUUCCUGGGUCUCUGGUCUGGGCUCAACAGAUUGGAUAUCCUUGGUGGCCAGCGAUAGUGGAGAGAGAUCCAGACACCAAGACCUUCUGCCAGUUCAACAGGAAUACUGACCUGUACCCUUGCAGGUACCAUGUAACCUACCUGGGGGAACCAGUCAGCAGAGCCUGGGUGUGUCGGUCUAAAGUCAGGAAUUACACAGAGCUCACUGAGGACGCCGCCAUCACGGGGAAGUCUCUCCAGAGAUUCAAGAAGAAGUUGAGAGAAGCUGUCCUCAUAGCAACACAAGCCCAGAGUAUUCCACUCAAGAGGAGGUUGUCUAGGUUUGGGUUCUGGACUCAACAAACAUCAGACAGAGAGAGCUCAGAGGACAGCGAGAUUGCUGAGGUGAUGGAGAUGCUUCUGGACCAUGAAAAGAGCAGGAGGUCAGCAUACGUCAGAAACAAGAAGUCAGCUGUGGUGAAUGCUGCUAAGAAACAGAGUGAAAGAGAGGCAGAGUGAGCCCAGAAAGAAAACGAUGAAACAAGGAGGAAAGAGAGAAGGAGAGCAGCUUGGAAUAAAAAGACCAGGCGAGAAGGAGGGAGUGUUCAAUAGACUAAAGCCUGUAAAGAAUACGAAGUCAGAGCCAAUUGGAGGGGACCUGAACGAGGGAGGAAAGGGGAGUGAAAGAGAGAGCUGGAGAGAAGAAAAGAGGAGAGGAGGAAGGUAAGAAGAGAGUGAUGACUCCCUGGCUCUCCAAACUAAAGAAAGGCAGCGCGACCACGGCCAGACCAGCCUCUCCACCCAGCAAAGACCAGACUGUACUAGAGAGAGAGAGAGAGGAGAAGAGAGAAGGAGUGGAGGAGAAGAGAGAGGGAGACGGAGUAGAGGAGGAAAGAGCGAAAGAGCCCAGUAAAGGAGAAGAAAGGAUGGAACUGAGAGAGGAGAGAAGCCUGGAAGAGGAAGAGGAGGAGGAGGAAGAGGGACAUGAGUCUGAUAUAUCUGUUGAGGGGGAGGCAGUGAAGGAGGAGGAAGAGGGACAUGAGUCUGAUAUAUCUGUUGAGGGGGAGGCAGUGAAGGAGGAGGAAGAGGGACAUGAGUCUGAUAUAUCUGUUGAGGAGGAGGCAGUGAAAGAGGAAGGGAGAGAAACAGGAGAGGGAGGAGAGGAUGAUUUCCUAGAUGAAGACAUGGAGGGGAAGGAGUUUGUACAGUCUGUGUUUGUAGGGGAGGGGGAUGAGGGAGGAGAGGAUGAUUUCCUAGAUGAAGACAUGGAGAUUCUGGGCUGCAGAGAGGAAGUGAUGAAGAGACUUGGUCAGGAACCCAUUCAGGAAGAGGAGGAUGACUUCUCUAUCAUGCUGUUUGAGGAGGAGUAGAGAGAGGGAGGGUAGAGGGGAGUAGGUAACAGUCUAUCUCCUACUGUUCGGGUCAGGAACCGUUUCUGUUUUCUAUUGUUGAUGUACAUAGUUGAGUUCAGAUAUGUUUGUUAUGAGUUGGGUUACAUUAUUUAAUCAGUUGUAUAAUAUAAUAAACAUUGAAUUAUUAGUUUC